CUCUGGUUUGCUUCGUGCUCUCUCUCCUCUUGCACCUCCUCCUCGGCACCGGACCGAUCAGGGGAGCGCACCGUGAGCGCGCGAGAACGAUGGAUGAACUUUAAAUCCGUGUCACCAACUUUCACCGCGGCUCAGCCAUCACCCUCUCUCUCGCUCUCUCUCUCUCUCUCGCUCUCUCUCUCUCUCGCUGCUCUCCGCUUCAGAAACAGAAAAAAAGCACCAAAAAAACCAACAACGCACAAACUCUCGACAAUGGAUUUACUGCAAACACAACUCGACUGUAAAUGAUCACUUCGCUUAUCGUCUUCUUCUUCUUCUUGUUCUUCUUCUUUUCCCUGAGUGGAGAUGAUGGCAUCAAUCGGGGAAUUCGAUCCUCUCAACACCAGAGUCCCUGCAACUAAAAUAGAAGUUACUGUGUCGUGCAGGAAUCUCCUGGAUGUAGACACGUUCUCCAAGUCCGAUCCUGUCGUCGUCCUGUAUUUGCAAGGUGUGGGAACCAAAGAAUGGAGGGAGUUUGGCAGGACAGAAGUAAUAGAUAACACUCGCAAUCCAGACUUUGUCAGGAAGUUUGUCCUGGAUUUCUUCUUUGAAGAGAAACAGAAUCUAAGGUUUGAUGUGUACAACGUGGACUCCAGAAGCUGCAACAUUUCCAAAUACAAGGACUUUCUUGGCCAGACCUUCUGUACCCUUGGAGAAAUCAUUGGCUCCACAGGAGGACGGCUGGAGAAGAACCUCUCUGGGAUUCCAGGAAAAAAGUGUGGAGUCAUUAUCUUUGCCGCAGAGGAGCUAAGUAACUGCAGGGAUAUUGCCACUAUGCAGUUGUGUGCCAACAAGUUGGAUAAGAAGGACUUUUUUGGCAAGUCAGACCCCUUCCUGGUUUUUUACCGCAGCAAUGAGGACGGAACGUUCACCAUCUGCCACAAGACAGAGGUGAUCAAGAACACCCUGAACCCAGUGUGGCAGCCCUUCACCAUCCCUGUUCGAGCGCUCUGCAAUGGAGACUAUGACAGGACUGUGAAGAUUGACGUCUAUGACUGGGAUCGAGAUGGAAGCCAUGACUUCAUCGGCGAGUUCACCACCAGCUACAGAGAGCUGUCUCGGGGGCAGAACCAAUUCAAUGUCUAUGAGGUUUUAAAUCCCAAAAAGAAAGGCAAAAAGAAGAAAUACAUCAAUUCUGGAACUGUAACAUUGCUGUCCUUCAAAGUGGAGUCCGAGUACACCUUUGUGGAUUUCAUCCGAGGAGGAACCCAGCUGAAUUUCACAGUGGCUAUAGACUUCACUGCAUCUAACGGAAACCCAUCCCAGCCCACUUCACUCCACUACAUGAGUCCUUACCAGAUGAAUGCAUAUGCCAUGGCUCUGAAAGCUGUGGGUGAGAUUAUCCAGGACUACGACAGCGACAAGCUCUUUCCCGCCUAUGGUUUCGGAGCUAAGCUGCCCCCUGAUGGCAAAAUCUCCCAUGCAUUCCCACUGGGAGGAGAAAGUGACAAUCCAAACUGUGUAGGAAUAGAGGGCGUUCUCGAGGCCUAUUUCCAGAGUCUGAGGACGGUGCAGCUCUACGGUCCCACUAACUUUGCACCUGUUAUUAAUAAAGUGGCAAACUGUGCCGCAGAGAUUACAGAUGGCUCUCAGUACUUUGUCCUGUUGAUGAUCACAGAUGGAGUGAUAUCAGACAUGGUCCAGACAAAAGAGGCUGUGGUCAAUGCUGCGUCGCUCCCGAUGUCUAUAAUCAUUGUAGGUGUUGGUCCUGCUGAGUUUGAUGCGAUGGAGGAGCUGGAUGGAGACGAGGUGCGAGUGUCCUCCAGAGGACGUCUUGCAGAGAGAGACAUUGUUCAGUUUGUUCCAUUCAGAGACUACAUUGACAGAUCUGGCAACCAAGUCCUCAGCAUGGCCCGGCUGGCUAAAGACGUCCUUGCCGAGAUCCCCGACCAGCUGCUCUCCUUUAUGAAAACCCGAGGAAUUGAACCUCGACCGGCCCUUUCCAACUCGCCGUUACCUGGGCUUCACCAGCAUAUCUGACACCGGCGCUCAUCUCUGACUCUCACUUCCUCCACUCCUCGUCUGUGCUCACUCUCCAUACCAUUAUUUGUCACUUUGGCGAGGCAGAGGGAUCGACCCGUGACUCCCCCCUCCCCCCCCCACCCCCUCUUGUCCUAUCACCGCUGAAGCUGAACACGCACAUCAAAACAGACACAGCGGGCGCUCAUCCCUGACCCACCUGCUGUUGUUCCUCAUCUUCUCUUCCCUCUCUACAGCAUCGCGGCCGAUUUUCUCUGUGUAAAAACCAGUGAGACUGAACCACGGACGCCCUUUUUACGGAGCUUAACUUCUUCAAUUAAUUUCCCUCACCAGACUCACAAAGGGUUCUCACAUGUGUCCUUGUCCUCAGAAAUGUUAACACUUCACUCAUUUGGUCCAAGUCCUUGAAAGUGCAAGAUGGAAAACUUAAUUGAAGCAGAGCCCUCGAGGAGCGAUAUCUUAGAUCGAUUGCUUUUGGGCUAUUUUUUUUGGCAACAGCUGGACUGUAAUUCAUUUCAAUAAGUGGUCACUGUUUCUCUCUCUCACUCUCUCUCUCUCUCUCUCAUUAUCAUCAAGUUGUGCCAAAUUUCUCCAAACUGAAACUGAUGGAGCCAAGCAACAGAUGAAACAGAGAGGGGGAGGCGAUGCAGGGAGACUCACAGGGUUACUCAUGUGGAUGUUGUUCAGAGGAUCUAGUGUGGAGGCUGUGGUACACGUUCAUUAUUAACACACACACACACACACCCACUUUGCCCAGCGUGUGCUGAGGCCGGGUGCACCCCCCCCCUCCCCCAUCCUCACCCCCCCGCUGUUAGAGAAAUGCCAGUCUCUCCGGCUGUCCUGCAGAGAGAGGUGGACGAGAAGGAAGGAUACAGGGAAGAAAGGUGGGAGGAGGGUAAAGCUCGCAGUAAAAUGGAAGAAAUUGUUAAGGGCACGAUGGGAGGGAUAGAAAGUCAAACACUAGUGUGGAGGAACGACAGUGUGAUAGACAAGGUCAGAGGAAAGCGGUCAGGGAUUUGUUUGACGACCAGACACAGAUGGUGAACAUCAAAGAUGUUGUCACGCUGUCUUUAGUUUAGUUAAACUAACCUUUGAGUUCACCUUGUUUUUUUGGGGAUUGGAAAUCACACACACACACUUGUCCAAAAAAGCAAUACACCCGAUGCCCAGUGUAAAGUGUACAUGUCCAACCC